GAGGUGUGCGAUGAUGAGCAGCUUCAGGGAGACCUGAAUGCCGCAGCGACGGCCGUCACCAAGGCUCUCAACGACCUGCUGCAGCACGUCAAGCGCAGCUCUCAGCCUCCCAAAGCAUCGCAGCACGACGACGCCGGUACAGAGGCUGAUGCGCUGCUGGCGCUGGCGAAGGCCGUUGCCAACGCGACCGCGCAGCUGGUACUCAACGCGAAGAACGUCGCGGGAGGCUGCGACGAUUCGUCCGACCAGAACCGCGUGAUCGGCUCGGCGACGCAGUGUGCCCUCGCCACGUCCGAGCUGGUCGCCUGCGCCAAGGUGGUGGCACCUACCAUCAACAGUCCAGCGUGUCAGGAGCAGCUGGUGGAGUCAGCGAAACACGUGGCCAGGUCCGUCGAAGGCAUCGUGACAACGUCCAAGGUUAGCGAGCGAUGCU